UGAGUUAUCUAUUCUAUCAAUCAAUACAACAUGCAUGAUCAGUUAAUAUUAUCGAUUCACUGUUAUUGAGUUACUAAAUUUUAAGGUAAAUAAUAGUGAAUUUGGCAUUCUUUUUCGGUGUGGACACUACAGUUUAUAAUAAUUAGGAGAGAAAGAUAGGCCAAAUUCCUUGUUUACAAAUGAUUUAAUAUGAAAUUUUAAGAAAAAUGUUUUAAAAAAUAAGUAAAACAAAGAAAUAGGGGGCUCUGCUGGGUAGACACUUAGAAAUGAGAAUAAAUAACUGCAGACUUGUGGUUAUUUAACUUAAAGGUGAUCUCACGCAGAGAUAUGACUGCAAUCAUUGACAUAUAUGUAACAUCAUUUGUAUCUUUAUUUUUCUAAAGGACUUGAGUGCAGGGAAAUGUGAACUUUAGAUUCGUCAUUGUAUAAAGAAAAGAAAGCAUUGGACAAGUGGAGUCAACAUGAUCAUUGGGAGAGCACAGAUCCUGCUGUCUGGAAGAAACCUUAGAUGUAUAGGGAUAUCCAUAUCAUCAAGGACUUUACAAAGCUCACAUCAAACUUUCAAAUUGUGCGUCAAUGGCGGAAUAUUUGCAAACAGAAGAGCGCAAUGUUUUGCCACACUCACGAGGAAACCUAUAAACCUAGCAAAAGAGACCGGGGACAAAAAUAUCCUCAUCUACCGAAAUGAUCGUCUUCGGUUUUUCCGUAUCCUCGGUAUAUUUGCCCUGGCGCAGGUGGGCUUCUGGUCAUAUAUGACUUUCAAUGCAUACACAACAAUGACUGAUUCGAGGAACUUUGAGAUGGUGAAGUACGGCCCAGAGGGGGCGCCACCCGAGAAGAAGAAUUGGGCGUCUCUGACGGGGAUAAGAAUGAAACUUCACUCUGGGAUUUGGAGAUAUGUUGUCACUUCAAUAUGCUUUGUUGUUGGUGGAACCAUCUUCUGUGGUGCAUGGCUUUACUGUAGAAAAAACAUCCACCGGAUCGUCCUACGGAAAGGGGGCACCAAGGUGACUAUCUCAACCUUCGGUUUCUUUGGGCAACCAUGGUCCUUUACCACACCCAUCACCAAUAUCUCCUGCCAACAUUCUCGACAUGGUGUACGUACACAGUUGCCCAUCAAGGUCAAAGGGCACCGAUUUUUCUAUGUGUUGGACAAGGAGGGCAAGAUGUACAAUGCUCCGCUGUUUGAUCAGACUGUUGGAGUGAUGCGAGGAUUACUAUAAACCAUUGAGCAGUUUAGCCAUUGACAAAUUUAGAAUGCAACAUUCAGUAUACAUUGUGUUUGUGAUUUGUUGAAGGUACUGCCGUUGAUUUCACCAAACUCUUCCUAACUUGGGAUUAAUCUUAGGACUUACGAAGAGUUAAGUUCCUUAUCCAUAGACGUUGGGACACAUUGAACCCAUCCUACGUUAGAAUGAGAUACUAAAGAUAGGAUUAUUCCUGGCACUUCAGUUUUCACUUGUUGCUCAAUUGUUCAUCAAAGUUGCAAGAAAAUAAUGAUAG